UAGCUAGCUUCAGUGUACAUGUUAACACCGUGAGGAUGACCCGUGUCUGCCUCAGGUCCCACCGCCCAGUAGCAGGGACGGGCGGCGCCCAGCGCACUACUCCGGGCUGUUGAGCGCGGCGCAGCCACGCUGUCGGCAGGCUCAGGGCCGCCCUGAGAACCGCCCGCAGCAGCAGCAACGCCACCAACGGUGCUUCUGCUGCUGGUGGUUGAGGUGGUGGCGCUGGUUGUUUGUUGCGGCGCCCGCCCACCAACACCAGCACGACCAGGAGCUGCACCACGACCACCAGGACGACGACCACCACCCCCAGCAGGAGGAGGUGUCGUCCGCGGCGGCGCACAAAUACCUGCUGAAGCGCACAGGCGACUCCUGCAGCGGCCACGACGGGAAGCAGCGCACUAUGGCGCACCUGCAACCGCCGCCCACCUCCCCGCCCGCGCAUUGCUUCGUUAAGCGCACCUUCCACAAGCCUGUCUACUGCCAUCACUGUACUGACCUAUUGUGGGGUAUUAUAGGUCAGGGAUAUACCUGUGAGGUAUGUAACUUCGUGGUUCAUGACAAGUGUAUGAAAACUGUUGUAUCACCGUGUUCCAGCGUCGCUCCCACGCUUAUUAAGACACCUGUAGCACACUGCUGGUCUGAACCGCUACACCUGAGACGAAGACACUGUAAUGUUUGUCGCAAGAAACUUGACGAUACCUGGGCCAUUAAAUGUGAAGUUUGCGAGUACAACGUACACGUGGAGUGUGAGGACUUCACUGUACCUAACUGUAAGGACUGUGCUACGUUUGUUCCGGAGAAGAACCUCUCACAAGUGGUCCAGCAGCAUCACUGGAGAGAAGGCAAUCUGCCUGCUAACUCCAAAUGUGUGGUGGACAAGAAGACUUGCUGGACGGGAGAGUGUCUAGCAGGACUGAGAUGUGAGUGGUGCGGCUAUACGGUACACGCUAUGUGUGCUGACAAGGUACCUGCUGACUGUACCUUCGGUCUACUAGAACCUAUAAUGCUACCACCCACAGCAGUGAGUAUCCCUCGGACGGAGGUACCGAUGGAAGCCAUCAUUGGUGUACAGACCAGAAGGAAAGAUACACUGUCUCCUCGCAGCAUCUCGGAGGAGUUCCCGAGCGGAGACUACAAAGUACGGGAGAGUGAUGAACUGUCUAGAGACAGAACCAAAGACAGGGAUGAGAAGGAUGAAGAGGUUGUGAAGGUGUUUGACGGGAAUAGUUCUCUGCGACGGCGCAUGUUCCGGCUGGUGACGGUGUCACGGGCGGCUAGUGUGACGGAGUUCUUGACGGCAGCUAUGCGAGCCUUCCACGUGCCGCAGGAGAACACCAAGACUUACCUCACUGACGCAUAUUCCGCAGAGGAGACAGAACUGACAGACCCUCUUCCUGUCAGCAAGUUGACCCGUAGAGACGGCAAGAGACCAGCUGUCUUCCUCAGAUAUAGAGAGAAGGACAACGAUGAAGGAUGUAUCCGGGUAUAUCCUUCACGUCUGGGAGGUGAGGUAGUGAUGGAUCAUACAGUAUUACCCGUCACAUCAUCUACAUGCGUCACAGACAUCAUCGCUCACUCCCUGCACAAGUUUGGCAUCACUAACGACAACCCUGACGACUACCGUCUUGUAGAGGUCAUGCUCGAUAAAGGAGUGUCGGAGAGAGUAAUGGAAUGCAACGAGCGGCCGUGGGACUUACUGAAGGCUGUGGCUCGGGACAGCAUCCGUCAGAUGGAGAUGACUCGCUUCUACUUGCAGCUGGUCAAAGAUCCCCACGGUCCUAGCAUUGCUCUCUUCGUUGGCAGCCUUCCACCCAACCUCUCCCAGCGUCAGUACGAGAAUAUUCUCGCUGAUAUCGUCGGUAAAGCUGGCUAUAAGUACUCCAGUAUUGGACCCAUCUACUACGAGUACGGCUCCAUGGUCAUUACCUACGAGGACUCUGACCUGGCCGUCAGAGCCUUCUACACGCUAAGAGAGUCCUGUUAUGACGACAAAAACUUACUGGUGAUGCUGCUGCCUAACAUCCAGCCACAGAUGAUUCCUGAAGGUGUUCAGCCUCUCCUGGUCUUUGUCAAUGUCAAGUCCGGCGGGUGCCAGGGACUCGAACUUAUCACCUCCUUCAGGAAGCUUCUAAACCCCUACCAAGUCUUCGAUCUCGACAACGGUGGCCCCUUGCCAGGGCUGUAUGUGUUCCGACAAGUGAAGCAUUACAAGAUCCUGGUGUGUGGCGGUGAUGGCACCAUCGGCUGGGUACUACAGUGCCUGGAUAACGUGGGUCAGGAUUCAGAGUGCCAGCACCCAGCCUGUGCUAUCGUUCCUCUGGGCACCGGUAACGACCUGGCCCGGGUACUACGAUGGGGUCCGGGUUACAACGGUGGGGAGGACCCCAUCAACCUGUUGAAGGAUGUGAUUGAUGCUGAGGACAUCCGUCUGGACCGCUGGACCGUGGUCUUCCACCAGGAUGAGAAGGUUGAGGAGAAACAGAUGCAGACCAACUCUACAGGAAUGUCACGACGUGGAAUGUACAUAGCCCAUGGUCAGGAUUCGAACCGGCGGCGCUGUAUCUCGAAAGAGCAAGUCCACCACAGCAUUCACGCAGGGUCCACCAGUGAGGAUAACACCCAGAUCUUCGUUAUGAACAACUACUUCGGUAUCGGCAUAGAGGCGGAACUCUGCCUCGACUUCCACAACGCAAGAGAAGAAAACCCAAACAAAUUUAAUAGCAGACUACACAACAAAGGAGUGUACGUGAAGAUGGGCCUACGUAAAAUGGUAUCCAGAAAGCUAUGUAAGGAUCUCCAUAAGGAGAUCAGACUAGAGGUGGACGGACGUGCGGUGGACCUGCCACCUGUGGAAGGGGUUAUCAUACUUAACAUCCUCUCCUGGGGGUCAGGGGCCAACCCCUGGGGCCCUGAAAAGGACGACCAGUUUAACAAGCCCAACCACUGGGACGGACACCUGGAAGUAGUGGGUGUCACAGGGAUAGUUCACCUGGGGCAGAUCCAGUCAGGACUACGUUCAGCCAUCAGGAUAGCACAGGGAGGACACAUCCGUAUUAAACUGAACUCUGAACUGCCGGUACAAGUGGAUGGUGAGCCGUGGAACCAGGCACCAGGAGAAGUAGUGGUACUCAAGUCUGCCCUCAAGGCAACAAUGCUGAAGAAAAGCCACCAUGCUCAAGAAGACCUCUAAGUCUAAAUUACGAAGGCGAAACACCGAGCCAUCAAUGGUGGCCAACGAGCAAACUAAACUAGAACCUAUCAGAGGUGACCCUGCUUCCACCUCCCACCCACUCUAGUGCCCUUUCUCCACCUCCCACCCAGUAGUAUCCGUACCCCACCUCCACCUUCCACCCACUAGUGCCCUUACUGCACCUAUCGCCCAAUAGUGUCCCUACCAUACCUCCACCUCCCACCCAUUCUGCACGUCUUUCCCUCCUCCCCUCACUACACCAUCACCCUCCCCUCACUUCCUUCUCCUACCUGUCUCCUGUACCUCCUCCCUCUUCCCCUUUACAACAGCAACAAGCACAGCAGCAGCAGGCGAGGCCCAGUUUGACCAGGUCUGAAGUGGUCACCUCACUACCACCACCACAAUCACGGCCACCACCAUCAGCAGUAGUCAACUCCACUACCACCACAACCUGGCUACAUCCAUGGGAGUGUCGGGGGGAGGUGUGAGUGGUGAGUGAGGGCGGUCAGUGUGUGAAACAAGCAACGGAAAGUGUGAGGGGACACUCGCUUGUCAAGUGUUCCUUUCGUAAAUACACCAACAACACACCUAGUUUCCUGAAGCACUGCUGGAGAUAGGAGGUGAAGGAGGGCCGUCCGCUGCAUACUGGGACAGUGUAAUUACUGUAGUAAUCUCUCAAAGCAUUCCAUAGUUUAGUGAAUGCGGGCGGUCCAGUGCCUCUCAGCAGUGUUUGCCAAGCACACAGUAUUUUGACCUGCAGUUAGGAUCAAUGCAUCACUUAGCUUUGCCUUGAAAAAAGGCUAUAGCUGUCGAUCAUGGACAACGGACCUUCUGCAGCGUCGAGCGGGAACACCGCUGCCGUGGUCAACCAUCUCCCACUACUGCUGUAGUUUUGUGUGCACCUCCGUCAGUGUUAAGUGGUGGGGUGUCUCAGAGUUACCAAGCAAUCCUGGUGUGACUGAUGAGCUUCGUGUGUUGUUUUCCCAGAGAGUAACUACCUCGCACCUCCCUCCUCCUCCUCCUGUAUCAGUAGUAACAUAGGUUCUCCACACCACCGUCAGUGAUAUCAGGACCCUCCACACCACCGCCAUCAAUGAUAGAAGAGGUUCUCCACACCACCGUCAGUGAUAGAAGAGGUCCUGCACACUACGUCAGUGAUAGAAGAGGUACUUCACACCACCAUCAGUGAUAUCAGGAUAGCAGGGGCCUUGCACACCACUACCAUUACUAGGUGUCCCGUACAAUGCUACCACUGCUAUGUGAGGGCUUUCACACCAUCAUAAGUAUUAGCUCAAGCUCUACAUCACUGCUAGAUUGUACCCAUAGUCUACAAGGGUUCUGACAGAGGGCCCUUUGCUUCUCUAAAAUUUAGUUCGUAAUCUUAUUUUUCAAGUGCCAGUUCGUUGUCCCCGGUACAGUCUCUCUUGUCUAGUGUUUCAUGUGGACACACUUGUGUAGAUGUGACUUGGUAGUCCCUCUCCCUCUCCUAUUCUCUACCUCACACCAUACCCCGUUGACGCCCAUCACAGCAUUUAUACACACGCUGGGAGAAUACAACCCUGGAGGUGCCCAGAUUACAUAUUCCAGCCCUUAUGCACACUCGCCUCUCUCAACAGGCGACCUACAAACUCCACAGUUAUAACAAACCCGGGUUGCUGACUUGCAACGGCCAUUGCUACAAGAAACUGGGAUAAACGAACAGAAGAAUAGCAAGUCACUAUAUUAUGAGGGUCAGCAAAAUUGUAUGUAUUGCAGCACACACACUUCAUUCGAUAUUGUGGUGAACAUUGAGGGAGUGUAAAGGUGAAUAGGCGAGGACAGCAUUCUAAAGCCACUGUCCAUCUGUGGCUCACACAUAGACAAAUCAGUGUCUCCCGCUCACAAACAGGUCACAGCGUCUGUCUGUGGCGCACCAUAAACAUGUCGCAGUUUCUGUCUGUGGCUCACCCACAGACAGGUCACAGUGUCUAAUUAUAAUUCACCCAACAGUGCCACACCACAGCACUGUAUCAACACACUAGUCCCUCGCACGAGAACUGUGUGGAAGCUGCGAUAGGCGACGAGGUAUUAACAUCAGGGAAAAGGCCAAGAACCAUAGGUGAUGAGUGUGUGGUCUACAGGGACAGGCUGGACCAGGGGCACGUCUCUGGCUGGCUCUCUGCUAGGACACACGUCUCUUGCUGGCUCUCUACUAGUACACACGUCUCUGGCUGGCUCUCUGCUAGAACACACGUCUCUGGCUGGAUUUCUGCUAGGACACACGUCUCUGGCUAGCCCUCUGCUAGGACACACGUCUCUGGCUGGCUCUCUGCUAGGACACACGUCUCUGGCUGGCUCUCUGCUAGGACACACAUCUCUGGCUGGCUCUCUGCUAGGACACACGUCUCUGGUUGGCUCUCUGCUAGGACACACGUCUCUGGCUGGCUCUCUGCUAGGACACACGUCUCUGGCUGGCUCUCUGCUAGGACACACGUCUCUGGCUGGCUCUCUGCUAGGACACACGUCUCUGGCUGGCUCUCUGCUAGGACACACGUCUCUUGGCUGAUUAGAACACGGAAAUAUUAACUACAAAGCGUGACAGGUGGAUGGUGUGCUAUAUCCCCAGCCAAGUGCACAAUAGUAUAUACUCCUCUUCUGUUAUUACUGUACAUAGCAGAUGUAAAUGUAUAUUUUUAUUGUACUAUGUUUACUAUAAAACACUUAUUAUACCUCAAGGCUUGUUCCAUAGAUUUAUUAACAAGUUUUAUUGAAUUCACAAAAGAUGCAGUAUUUUGAUAUGUAUUAAUUUACAUAGUAUAUUAUACCUGAACAAUAUUGUUCCAUGUGUUUCCAUUAGCUGGUAAAUUUUAUGUAAACAUUUUGACGAGAUUCACUUUCAGAGUCUUUUAUCCCCGUAUUCUCUACAAGUUGUUUGUUCAAUGAUGUAAGUAUCAGCUGAGCGGGCCAGGCUUAGGUCACGUGAAGAUUCAAGUUGUAUUUAGUAUCAUAAAGGUGUUGUGGCCUAGGCUUGACACCCCAGUGUCACACCGGCGACCCUGCAGGUGCCUGUCUACUAGGCUUCCUCACCUAUGUCUUAAGCGUUUGUUAAAGGUUAGGACGUCAGGCGGUGGAUCUUUACAAUAGAAGAGUUAGUGGGAAGUUGGUGAGUGUGAGAGGCAUGAAGGCAGUGUGUUGGAAUACUAGAUGAGUACUCGUCUUGCUGACUCUCUGGUCAUCUACAAUGUGGUAACACCAGUCAUCUAAUGUAGUGACAUCAGUCAUCUCAUGUGGUGACACCAGUCAUCUCAUGUGGUGACACCAGUCAUCUAGUGUGGUGACACCAGUCAUCUACAAUGUGGUGACACCAGUCAUCUAAUUUGACAACAGUCAUCUACAAUGUGGUGACAUCACCGUCGGUCAGUGUUUAUCGGAAUUGUGCUGUUAAGACAGACGUACAUUUAGUCAUCAGUCAGGAACAUUGUUGAGUAUGAUGACCACCUGGUUGGUUGUAGAGUGCAUCCUGGCCUGUCUGGUGCAGCUUUCACCAGUUUCAGUCUUCUCUUAUUCUCUUUAUACAAGUUAACUCAUUACAACGAAGCGACCAACAGAAACUGUCAUUAACAUUCUUAAGUUUUUUCCAGUCAUACAGACAAUCCUUGAAUACUACCUCCCUGUCUUGGAGGUCACGCUCUUCUGGAUAUAUUAAGGGAAAGUGUGGGUAUGUGGGGAGAAAGGAAGUAGAAAGUUAUGGGUAGGAACAAUUAAUGCCUCUGCCCAACCCAAAAGCCCAAACUUCCGCUUCCCUUCCCUUCCUGAUACCCACUCCCUACACCUUCCUCCUUCCCUCCAUGAUACCAACUCCCUGCACCUUGCUUUACUAACUUUGCCUAGCUCCAUUCUCACAUCCCUUACUUUACUCUUCCCUCACUGUUCUAUCCUCACCUCCUUCAACUUUCCCCUCGCCUUACUCGUGCACAAAGAGACACAAGGCACGUGACUUUUCUCACGCUUGUACCUCAUACAGUUGUUUUUCCAAUAACAUAAAUUUUUAAAUUCUUCCUCCGUCUCUCUGUGGCGCAUCUCGUUAGUUCCAUAUAUCCAACUUGUCCAGGUGAGCGUGUUGCGUCACUGGGUUAGGCGGUGGAGUGUGAGCAAGUGGUGAGAGAUAAUAAAACUAGUGUGGAGUGUGAGGCCUCACUCUCUCAAGACUAUAGGGUAUAGAUAUAGCUUUCCUCCCACUGUAUGCUUUACCCUCCUUCACCUUCCUUAAGUGACCCAUGCAUACCACUCCAGAAGUUGUGUUAAUGUCUAUCCUCUCGUAGGAUGGAUGAACAAAUUCCAUUCCAAAAGUUGUGUUAAUGUCCUCCUGUGUACCAGGCUGGAUCACCCUCCUCCUCCUUUUCCUCCACCAAUACUCACCCUCAUCAUAUAUAUAUGUAAUUUCCUGACAGGUUGUUGUGCUGUGUCAUCUCUGGCUCUAACAUCCACAUUUUCUUCUUGGUGGAGAACCAGGAACUUUGGAUGCCUCUAAUAAUGUGUUCUUGUGUUCGAGUUUGUCUUCCAUUUGCAUUAACCCUCUUCCCUGCCAGCAUCAAUACCCGCUAGGCAGCUUCCUGUUGCUCAGUUGACGUCUCGUUUAAGCUUGUGUUCGCCUGUGUUUCGCUUUUUGAGGAUUAUUUUGACUAUAAAUAUUACUUUUAUAAGCCUAUUUCAUGUUAUUCAGUCUUGUUCUUGGUUAUAUGUUAUAUUUAUCUUCAGCUUCUGCUGGCCUCUGCACAGAAUUUGGUUAUUUUUCAAAAGUCGAUUCGCUACAACAGCUGAUCUAACAUCGACUUUCUGCAUCAUUUGUUUGCGAAAAACAAGCCAGGUGCUUUCUCGAUGUCUACCCAUUACACCAGCUGUUUUCGACUGUGUACUUGUGCGCUAGUGAUGGUCUUCGCAUGCUGAUUGUACCAGCUGUGAUCAAACAAUGACCUCCCUUUCAUAUUAAAUAAAUGUUGGUACCCCUUCUGUUAUGUGUAUUAUCUAAAAGAUUGAUUGGUUAUGCCAGUACCCGCUGCUUCUGUACACGAGACAAGGUACUUUUAUCUUCCACGUCGUUGUCCCUAGCAGUAAGAAUAUACAGUACAUGAAGUUAUAUUUAAACACUCCCUUCUACUCCUAUCCCCACUUCCUGUGGGUACCUUACCAAGAACAACUUUUUCCUGCAGAGUGGUGGCGCUCCUGAGUCCAACUAGACAUGGACCCACAAGGCACUAGUCCCCCAUUCACGCUGUAGUUCAUUCCACCGAUGGUCAUCUAGGCUUUUGCCUCUCCUGUUUACUGCCUAAUUCAUUACAUCUUUGCUGGUUUUCAUACCUAGGGGU